CAAAAUGUAAGAAAAGAUUCAGCUGCUCUGAGUGUGGAAGGAGAUUUGGCUUCAAGAUGCACCUGAAGAGACACAUGAUAACUCAUACAGGAAAGAAACCUUUCAGCUGCACAGUUUGUAGGAAAUCUUUUACAAAGAGUGAAAGUUUAAAGAUACACAUGAGAACUCAUAAAGGAGAGAAAGCUUUCAGCUGCUAUGUCUGUAAGAAAUCUUUCACGCAGAGAGGAAAUUUAAAACGUCACAUGAAACAACACACAGGAGAGAAAACUUUCAGCUGCUCAGUCAGUAAGAAAUCUUUUAGACUGAGAAGCCACUUAAAACAUCACAUGAAACAACAAAAAGGAGAGGAACCAUCUACUUCCUGUGUGGACCAGGAGCAGCCAGAGAAUCUCAGCCAGCUGACUACUGAGAGCACGUCGAUCCAUACAGCCGUCAGCCAACGGAAUCAGACGAGUCCAGAGCUCCGCCCACCCACCAACAAUGGAGAGGCGCAGCAGUCUUCUAAGGCUUCUGAGGGUGAAUUGUCAGAUCAGGACAAAGUACCACAACCAGAACUGGACCAAAUGUCAUCUGAUGAUGCUGAGGACAUACCUGAUUCAGAACAUGAUGAUGACUAUGAUUCAGAUGCCAGCAUACCCUUAAUGUCAGGGCAGGCAACAGCUGAACAUAUUCGAGUAAAACCAGUAAAACCUGAUGUUGGAAAAUCUCGCGGGUCAGACACAGGCACCUCAGUUGUGCCCUCUACCACAAAAUGUGGCCCACCCUUUAAAAAUAAGAUGUUUCCCAAUGCUGCUGACGCAUCUAGUUUAGCUAAUUCUACCAAAGACUCAUCAGAGGAAAAGCCAGAGGAUGAAGCUGUAACUCAUGAGCCAGAGAUACCACAUCUGGUUAUGUGUAAAACAAAUUUCUGUUAUAUUUGUGGUAAGCCACAAAGCAAAAUUUCCCGCCACUUGAAAACACACAAGACACAUGCUGAAAUUGUCCAUGCAUUUUCCCUUCCUGAGGACUCAAAAGAGCGCAAGGUAUUAUUUGAAAAAUUGAGGAAUAAGGGAAAUUUUAAACACAACACUGCAGUUUUACAAGGUGGAACAGGAUCACUGAAAGUGAAGAGAAAGCCAAAAGGUCAAACACUGGCAGGACAUUUUAUUCACUGUAUGUAUUGUCAAGGGAUGUACAUACGUAAGGAGCUUUGGAGACAUGUCCGCAGAUGCCCCUUUAAGCCUGAAAAUGAAGAUGUGGAUAACAAACCUGGGAGAACCAAAGUACUGGGCUUGGCUGUAGCUCUGGAGUCUACGUUCUCUCAGCAGAUCUCAGGUGGAGUCUGGAAGCUGCUUAGUGUCAUGAAACAAGAUGAGGUGUCCUCAGUUGUGAGAAAUGACCAAUGUCUUAUCCAGUUUGCCCAUUCACUCUACAACAAACAUGGACAAGACCCUACAAAAUAUGAAUACAUGCGACAGAGGCUCCGUGAAGUGGGGCGUUUGUUAUUAUGCCUGCGUACAGAAUUCUCAGUAGAUAACCUAGAGGAGGCUGUUAAACCUGCUAACUUCCAGAUAGUUGUGCAAGCAGUGAAGAAAGUUUCAGGUUUUGAUGGAAAAAAAGACUCGUACCAGACACCGAGCCUUGCCCUGAAACUGGGGCAUACACUGCAGAAGAUCGCUGACAUUAUUCACUGUAGGGCACUCAUGGCAGAAGAUGAAGAACUGAUCAGGAACACUGACACAUUCAAGCAGUUGUACGCCUCCACGUGGUCUGAGUUGGUUCCUCACCGUGCCCUGAACACACCGCAGGAUGCAAAAUACAACAAACCAUCAACAUUGCCCUUUACUAAAGAUGUUCAGAUCCUUCAUCAGUACCUUAAGAAAGCUGCAGAAAGCGCCUUCUGCAGCCUGAAGGAAGAGGCCACCACUCAGAACUACGGUCGACUUGCACAACUCACACUUGCACAAAUCAUUGUGUUCAAUCGAAGACGUACUGGGGAAAUUUCACAAAUGAGCCUCAGAAGUUUUUAUGAAAGGGACAACACAAAGCUCCAUGAAGACGUUGCCAUGGGGUUGUCGAUGACUGAGCAGAAGCUCUGCAGCUAUUUCAGUCGAGUUGACAUCACAGGGAAAAUGGGCAGAAAAGUCUCCGUUCUGCUCACACCACGUGUGGUGGAUGCUUUGUUGCUGCUGGCCAGUAGAAGAACUGAAUGUGGCGUUCGUGCCACGAAUGUCUUCCUGUUUGCAAGACCAGCGUCAAUGAGCCACUACAGAGGACAGGACUGUUUGCGUGUUCAUGCAAGCCAGUGUGGAGCAAAGCACCCUGGGUACCUCAGAUCAACACAACUCAGGAAACAUGUUGCCACACUCUCACAAGUCCUUCAUUUAAAAACCAAUGAACUUGAUCAGGUUGCAGAUUUCCUCGGUCACGAUAUCCGCGUUCACCCCGACUUCCACAGAUUACCAGUUCCCACAACGCACCUGGCUAAGAUUUCUAAACUGCUUUUGUCAAUGGAGAAAGGAAACCUGUCCAGCAUGCAGGGAAAGUCACUGGAUGAGAUUGAAAUUGAAGAUGAGAUUGCGUUAAGUGAUGCUGAAGACAAUGGGAGCCAAUCUGAUAACGGCAACACAGAAGUCCCAGCAUCAGCGUUUGGGACUGUGGAGCCUGUGGUUUCGGACUCUACAACUACAGCGCAAGACCACGACGUUGGAGGCUUUGGAUCGGUGUCAGCUGUGUCGUCAGUGGAUGAGAGUGUACCUCCCUCUGAGAGGACUUCUGCUGAUAAAGGGCGGGGAUCCAGAAGAGGUGCAAAGAAAGUGUGGUCCAAGGCCGAGGGCGCCGCGGUGAUGCGACACUUCAGGGAUCAUGUAAGCAGAGGAAAGCUGGCCACCACGUCUGAAUGCAGUCGCUGCAAACGGGUGGAAGACCCCGUGUUGGCACAGAGGACGGUGCAGAACAUACGGGACUACGUUAGGAACAGAGGAAUAGCUGCACGGAGGCAGUCGCAAAAACAACAGAUUUAAUCCACUGGCGGUGGUGGUGGUGUUUCUGUGUUAAUGUUUUAAAAAGUUGUUGUCUGCCUGUUAUAGGUUGUUAUAUUUUUAAGGUUCAGUACAAAAAAAGGUUGGGUUAUACAAAGAGGCCAUCCGCAAAACAAACUGAAAACCAACAAUUUUAUUUUUAAAUUAAAAAAAAGAAAAGAAUUUGACAUUUUUAAUUUUGUUAUGAGCAACCAUGGAUCUUAUGAAGUUGGGUAACCCCCGAUUUCCACUGGAUGCACACCCACCCAAAGUCUCGAGGACCCACAUGAUCUCGCGAGAUCUUGUAGAAUAGAACCACAAAACCACCAACA